AUGGAGGUGAAGAGCAGGGAUGGCGGCCGCGAGCAGACAGGAUCCAGCUCAUCCUCAGGUACCAUUGUCUCAACCACCUACUGCUGCACAUCUAGCGGUAGCGGCUCUCAUCUGUCCUCUAGCUCUAUGGACGCCGCCGCAAGACACCCUAGCUUUCUGCUCCUCGAUAAAGACGACAACGUUUCUUGGGGAGAAACUCAGGAGGCGAAGAUGCAGCACAUCAGAAGCCUGGUCCAGGAAUUCGUCGCUGCGUCGUCAUCGGUGAAUUGCAGCGUCAGAGGCAGCGACAUGGGUGCCCCUGUCGUGGAGAGGUGGCUCACGGAGUUGGGCGUCGGCUGGGUUCUCCACCUCCCUAGCAGUGCAUCUGCAUGUGAACUGGAGCAUACGUCUGAUGUUGCAAGGACCAGCUGGAUCCAGGCCCUCAGAGAAAUCGUGGACACCGUUGGCCUCACGGAGUCCCUAUUUCCGGAUGACGGCCUCGUGGACCUGGACAUGGACAUGCCUAGUAUUUUUGAGGAACAAGAAGAAGAAGAAGAAGAAGGAGAAGAAGAGGCUGAGGCUGUGAGUUCAGUUCCGGAUGGUCAAUUCCAGUUUGCACGGUUUAUCCAAGAAACCAUGUUGAAAAUGCUCUCUUUUGUUGACGUCAUAGUUGCUAUGGCUAUAGAUCCCAAUGGCAAUAAUGGGGUCUCGGCACUAUACCAGAUGCUGAAUGUCCUGCUGCCUGUGCGCGGUGCUCUGUCCGAAGCCUUAUCUGAGAUGGGAGAGGUGUCAUUCCUCCCGGCACCGCCCUCUCGGGAAGUUGAAAGGUUGUUGCGUGCAAAGAAUGGCAAUGCACGCGAUGCCAUAUGGAGCACAAUGGAGCGGAUUAGGACUCUUAUCUUGUUGGAGGGCAUUCAAACUCCACAUGGAACAUCGGACAUUCACAGGGUGACCCGGUCAGUAAUGGGCUAUAUCAACUUCCUGCUGAAUAACUACUCGACAUUGCAUCCAAUUGUAUCUGAAACAGCUGGCCUUGUUAAGCGAGUACAUCAGAAUGGAGGUCAACAACAUUUGGACAUCCUGGCCAUGGAGAUCGCGUCCUGUCUUGAAGAAGAGCUUGCCAAAAUUUCAGAAUCAUUUCCAGACCAAGCCCUCUUAUCUAAAGUCGAGCGCUACAUGGAGAGGUAUCUACAAGUGUCUUGGGCACCGUUGUUGACGUGCUUGUUCGAUCCUACACCUCUUUGCUUGUUCGGUUACUCACUGGCCCUCCCCAAGUUCGAGUCUGAACUUCAGAAGACGUACACCACUCAAAAGUUAUGGAAGGUCCCAGAUCCUGAGCUGAGGACAAGACUUCGCACAGCUAUCAUCGACAAAAUCAUUCCGGUCUACACAAAAUACGUAGAGGAUAACAAAACACCCCGACCGCUGCUCUCCUUCCUCGUCCUCCCCACUCCGGAACCCAAAUCGCCUAGAUCCGCCUCAUCCGCCAUCGCUCCUCACCACCAAGCACCAGAUCCGCACUCCCCACCACCUGAUCUACGUCUUGAUGGGUCACAGUCUGCUACGCAUUCAAGUUCCAUCGGCCUCGAAGACCCCGAAGCAAACCAGCGACCGCCGGCAUCAGCAUCCCAGGGGGCGCCCCAAGAGCUCAAUCCUAUUCCGGCAAGUCCAACGGAGGUCAACCAUGAGCUGCAGGAGAGAGCAUGGGCGCUGCUCCCGGAUUUGGCAAGAGAUUUGAGCAAGCUCAAAGACCAGCGGCCGUGCUCCGAUGCGGAGGCAAGGGAGAACCGCAGGCGCGGGCUAGGAAGCCUCUGUACGGCUGGACGCACCCGUGUCGGAUUGUUCGCUGGACUAGGAACGAAUAAACGCCCGUGGAAAUGGAAUUUGGCCUUGCAACUGUACGUCGAGUUGGACAGAGAGAAAAUAGAGGAUGGCGGCGAGCAGAUAAAGCACAUCAAAAGCCUGAUCCAACAAUUCUUUGGUGCGCCGUCGGCGAGUCAUCACAGCAUCAUCGGUGGCGACGUGAGUGCCCUAGAGAGGUGGUUCACGGAGCUGGACGUCGCCUGGGUUCUCCACCUCGAUGAUGGUGUUGGUGCACCUCCAAAUGCACGGGUCUGGAUCCGGUCUCUUGACGUAAUAAUAGAAACCUUCCGUUACACCGCGCGUCGCUCUUUCCGAAACUUGGCUCCAUCUCUAUGA